GGCCACGCCUUCAUUCCCUUCACUUCCUGUAAACAACGCAGGGGUAGCAGCCCAGAACCAGUGUGUUCUUGUGUUUUCCAUUAUUUUCUGGCUCCUCUGUUGUGUUUUUAAAGAUGGCUCAGGGUGGAGUGGUUCUGGACAAGGACCAGUUUAACUGCUCCAUAUGCCUGGACGUGAUGAAAAACCCAGUGACCAUCCCCUGCGGACACAGCUACUGCUCGGACUGCAUCCAGAACUACUGGGACCAAGACGACUUUCUCGGGGUCUUCGUCUGCCCGCAGUGCCGACAGAGCUUUAGCCCGAGGCCGGUGCUUGCCAGGAACACCAUGCUCACCGAUGUGGUGGAGAAAUUCAAGACAACUACGCUCCAGGCUGCCUCGGUGCCGAGGGAUAACCGAUGUCUGGCCAAAGCUGACGACGUGGAAUGUGACGUCUGCACCGGGAGGAAAAGCAAGGCUGUCAAGUCCUGCCUGGUGUGCCUGGCCUCUUACUGCGAUGUCCACCUCCAGCCUCACUACGAGUCCGCUGCCUUCAAGAAACACAAGCUGGUGUCGGCCUCCAAGCGGCUCCAGGAGACGAUCUGUCCCCAGCAUGACAAGCUGCUGGAAGUGUACUGUCGCACCGACAGUCGCUGCAUUUGCUACCUGUGUCUGACGGACGAGCACAAAGGACACGACACGGUGCUGGCAGAGGCAGAAACACAACACAUUAAGAUGCAGCUUGGUGACAUGAGGCAGAGCUCGCAGCUCAAGAUUCAGCAAAGAGAGAAAGAGGCACAAGAUCUGAGACAAGCUGUUUUUUCUCUCGCCCGUUCGGCGCGGGCCGCUGCCGAAGAGAGCGACGCCAUCUUUACGGAGCUCAUUCGCCAGAUAGAGCUGAAGCGCUUUGAAGUGAGAGAGCUCAUCAAAGAACAGGAAAAGACGGCCAUCGGUGAAGCCGAGCAGCUGCUGGACCAGAUCCAGAAGGAAAUCGCCGAGCUGAGGAAGAACGAGGCCGAACUUGACCUCCUGUCCCACACUGACGACCCCGUCCAGUUCCUGCAGAGUUGUCAGUCCGUUCGUGCCUCACCUGCGCUGUCAGCUUCUCCUUUGCUCAACACGAACCCGAGCCUCUCCUUCAGCCCAGUGAUGACAGCCGUGUCCGACUUCAAGGUACUGCUGCAAGAAGUGUGCCAGGGAGGAUUUGUCAGCAUCUAUGAGAAAGUGAAAGAUGUUACAAUCGUGAUGACUCAGAAUCCUGAGUCCUCAGAGUCUCAGUGUGACUCUCCUCUCGCUGGUGAGGCUGGGGCAGCUGGGGGAGCUGCACAGAUGGAGUCACCAAUAAUUCUGCCCCCUCCUGGUCUGGACCAACCAGCUGUCAGUCCUCUCAACCCGUUCUUUACCCCGGGACCAUUUGCCUUCUCACCGUUUGGUUCCAAACUCGCGACUGGAUCCAGACAAAGACACCUGCAGAGACGGCCUCACUCAAGAAGAAGAUAAAUCCUGCCGGACAUCAGACUGAACAUCAUACACGCACCCACAUAACCUGAAUAUCGUUUCAUAAGUCAAGAAUGA